GAACCCACUUCCCCUGAGAGAGAACGCAAGGAGACCAAUGGUUUAGUGACACUUUUGAAUUUUAGGUCAUUUGAAACCUUCCAUCACGGAGCACCUAAUGCUAUUACCUACAUGGAGAUAGGAGAACAUACAGUGGACCAUUAGAAUAGCAGAACAUGUAUCUACAGAGAAGUAGAAAGGGACAAGAAACAAUGUGUUUUAACGUUUUGAGAAAAAAAAAAGAUUAAUAUCUAUACAGGAAGUAGGAAGUCAGAUACAGAACAGUUUUAGUGUGACUGGCAGACAGGAGAUUUACAGCAAAAACCCUUAAUGGAUGUGUGUGUGCUGUGUGUAUGUGAGUACGUGUUUGUGUUGUGAAGUGAGACACUGACCUUUCCUAUGAAGGAGGGAGAAUGUCUCUCAAGCUACCUCGGAACUGGGACUUCAGCACCCUCAAAGCUGAAACAGCCAAAAUAGACGACUAAGACACUCAGGAUGUUGCUGAGCAAUGGAUGGCCUUUUAGUAAAGGGUAAAGAAACCCAAACAUGGACAAAUGACUCAACCUUGUUUCAUAUGCGCGGUCUAAGAGUGUGAUGCCUGGAGAGGGCAGCCCUGGGUCAGGCUCGCCCGGCUCAACCACCACCUCCAUGGAGAGGCCACUGAAGGCCGGCUGGCUGAGGAAACAGAGGUCCAUCGUGAAGAACUGGCAGCUGCGUUACUUUGUCCUGAGAGGGAGCACACUGACCUUCCAUAAAGACGAAAAGGAGGGGAGUGUCCAGGGAGUGAUCCAACUGAGGUUCGGCAAAGUAAAUGAGCUCCCACUGAACCAAGACGACCCAGGGAAAUUCCUGUUUGAGAUCAUGCCGCGCAGCAGUGGUGAUCGGGAGCGGUGCCCCUACAUUCUCAUGGCCAACUCCCACAGUGAGAUGGAUGAGUGGAUCCGCACACUGCGCAGGGUGGUUGGAGCACCCUCUAGUGGAGCGGUAUUUGGCAAGAGCCUGGGUGAUACUGUGACCUAUGAGCAGCGGUUUGGCCCCCACAUGGUGCCCGUCCUGGUGCAGAAGUGUGCUGAAUUCAUCAGAGAACAUGGACUGAGUGAGGAGGGCAUCUUUAGACUACCGGGACAAGACAACACCGUCAAACAAUUCAGGGACGCUUUCAAUGCCGGAGAGAGACCUUCCUUCCCAAGUGACACAGAUGUCCACACAGUAGCGUCGUUGUUGAAGUUGUACCUAAGGGAUCUGCCUGAGCCAGUGGUUCCUUGGACACAGUACCAAGACUUCCUAGACUGCAGCCCCAUGCUGGACCCCAACAGUGCUGCAGGUCGUGAAAGACUGGAGAAGCAGAUCACCCUCCUUCCUAGACCCAACUAUAACCUCCUCAGCUACAUGUGCAGGUUCUUAUUUGAGGUGCAGCAAAACUCCAAGGUGAACAAGAUGAGUGUUGAAAACCUGGCCACGGUCAUUGGGAUCAAUCUGCUCAAGCCCCAGAUCGAGGACCCCAUCACUAUGAUGACGGGGACUCCUCAGAUCCAGAAGUUGAUGACAGUGAUGAUUAGACAGCAUGAGGCUCUGUUUCCUCCAUCUAAAGACGUGGCUCCUUCACCCCCCAGCAAGAAGAGUGAGAGCAAGAAGAACAGUGCUCCACGCAGCUUUGUGGGCUGGGAGUCUACUGAGUGUGAAGGCUUUCAGUCAGAGUCUCCAGAGGAGGAGGAGGAAGACACAGACACCCUGGGGGCCGAGCCAGUUACCACCUCCAUCCCCCAGCAGCCCCACUAUCCCUUCUCAUCCUCAGACUUGGACCCCUUGUCUGGAAGCCCCCGCAAACGCACCCAGACCCUGCCUACAUUGAACUGCCCUGUCCCUGGGAGCGGGAGGGCCCGCAAGCUGGAGGCCAUGAACCGCUGGAGCCGCAUCCAGGAGAGCAGCGAGGAGAAUGGAGAGAGGACUCUCUCAGAGGACAUCUUUAAGAUCCUGGACCUGCAGAAGACGUCUCUGUUCGGAGGCGCCCAAAAGGCCUGGGAGGACAGAGGGACGGCCAGGAGAGGAAGUGACAUCACAGUCACCUAUGAUGACAUCACAGCCAUCUCUUCCAAACCCAGCAAUGACCCCCAGCAAAAGUCUCAGUCCACGACCCCUGAGAAGAAGACAGAGGCCAGUACAGCUGUGGUUCCAUCUUCAGCCCUCCAACCAGACAGCAAGGCUGACCGGCAGGAGGACAGCCAGGGAAACUCAGAGCACCUCAGUACUAGCCUGCAGCAGAGGAACAAAGAGCUGAGUGCCACAGUAGCAGAACUGCAGUCAGCCCUGGACGCAGAGAAGCGCUGUGUGUCCGCUCUGGAGAUCCGGCUGAGGAACGCGGAACACAGCCGAGACGAGGCCCAGAGACGUAACCAGGAGCUGGACCAAGAGAUACAGCAGUUCCUCAGCAGAGAACCACAAGGGCCAACUUAGAACCAUGAGGGCCAACUUAGAUCCAUGAAUGGGCCAACCUAAAACCACAGGUCCAACCUAGAUCCAAUAGCUCCCCACCACGGAACCAUGAAGCCUACCUAGAACAUAGAACUGCCUAUAGCCUUAAGUUAUCAAAGAGAUCCCACAAUAAAGUAUAUAGAUAUUUAACAUAGAUAUCUCUAAACUGUAACAUAACAUAGAGAUCCCUCAAUAUAGAGAUCUCCAACAUAGAGAAGAAAGUCCAUCACAGUGGACAUCACAGCCUCAUGCUGACUAUAGGCCACCUGCUGUUCUACGAGAGGUAGAGAGUCAGUGUCUUGGCCAGAGCUGUAACUCUGGCUGGGACCUGGAACAUGUUGCUACAGAUGCAGGAUCUUAAUUUGACAAUAUUCCUACAGUGGGAAAAUAAUCCUGCAUUAACAGGAAAAGUGAAUUAUUGUGUGGAUUAUAAUUAAUGGACAUUUUUGUAGGGGGUGAUACAUUUUUUGUUAGGGCAAGUCAAGUCAAAUUUUCAAGUACACAUUACAAACUUUAGAAGCCUUUUUAAACCUUGAAUACACUAUACGUUUGCAUUUCCUGCUGUGCAUGAACUGUCCUGCAAGAACAGGGUGAUCAAAUUAAGAUCCUAUAUCUGUAGGUUGUAAGUUGGUUUGUUGAGAAAACCCAUGGGUAAACUCUUUAGUCAAACUAGCCAUUGUGUUGACUACACUUCACAUUUUAUAAACAUAAAAUAAGGAAUACUGUGACUGUAUAUGAAUGGCCUUUGCUCGGUGUAGCUGAUUAUGUAGUAUGGAUGUGAUGUGCAGUAGCCUAUACAGUGCUGAUAGUUGUUGACCAUGCCGACUCCGUUACAUUUAUAUUCUCAGAUGAUUAGAGCAUGUACAUGAUGCGCAUAAUGUCCAGGUUAAGAGAAUGUCCAGGACAAUUGGACUAUAAUGGUCUGUAUAAGUAUUUCGUCCAGGAUUCAAUUCCCAGCGCAGCGUGCUGGAAGCCAACUUUGCAGUUUUUAAUUAAUGAAUUUUACCUACAUUCGCGGAGAUCAUAUUCACGGUGAACGCUGUGCAUGUCGGCUCAAUUGUUAAGGUUUGUAUCGUGUUAAUAUUUUGUUUGACCAGACAUUAAUAAAGGAGGAACAGAAUAAAUUGACUUGGCUGAUCAAUAAUCUGCA